UCUCUGCAGCAGUCUCUUUAGGGGCUCUAAAAGCCUUUAUCUAUGGGGCCCUUGAACAGUCGGAUUCUGCGAUGCAGGGAAUCUGGCACAGGGGAACUGCAGCAGCCAGAAACCCAGGCAGGCCCCAGUUAUGUGUCUGGCAGCCGUAAACGGAAACAGAGCACCGGUCCCAGCUUGGGACCAGAGUCUGAGAAGAGCCACAACCAGGAGGAGGAUCUACAGCAAGUCGCCUGUACAAGCCAGGGUAAAAAAGUUAAGAUCAAAUCUGAGUAUGCUUACCAAACUUUAUUUUUAAAUGGGGAAAACAGUGACAUUAAAAUCCAUGCUCUGGGACAUGUGUGGUGUUUACACAGAAUGUUUUUAUGUCAGUCGGACUACUUUGCUACAAUGCUUAGAGAUUCUUGGAAAGAAUGUCACAAAGAUAUUAUUGACUUGGAGAUUAAUGACCAGAAUAUAAAUGUAGAAUCACUGCAUUUUGUUUUAGGCUCGCUGUAUAGGAAUGAAUAUGUCUUAAUUAAGCCCUUUCAAGUUCCAGGAGUUUUGGCAACCGCGUGCCUGCUUCAAGUAGAAGACUUAAUUCAGCAGUGUGAUAAGACCAUGAAGGAAACUAUUAAUGUGAAAACUGUAUGUAGCUUCUAUGUGGCAGCAGAGACCUACGGGUUACAUUCUGUGAAGACAGGGUGCUUUGAAUGGCUUCUCCACAAUCUGAUGACUCAUCCAAGUGUUGAACUUUACAAAGAACUCAGUACAGAUCUUAUGAAUCUUGUCAUUUCUUCUUCUAAUCUAUUAGUAAUGCAAAAGGAAAUCGAUAUAUAUACUACACUUAAACAAUGGAUGUUCCUCCGCCUUAACCCAGGUUGGAAAGGCAGAAUGAAACAGCUUUUAGUUAGUGCAAACAACUGGUUUUCCAGGCACAGGGAACAUGGUGGUAGCAUUUCCUUUCUUGAAACUAAACAAGGCGUAGUAUUUCAACCAGUAUUUAAAAAUUUGAGGUUUCAGCAUAUCAUUUGUGACCUGGCCGCCACAAGAGUUAUUGAACAAGAUGCUCUAAUACCUUCAGAAUGGUUAUCUUGUGUUUAUAAACAACAAUGGUUUACUUUGCUUAGAGCACAACAAUACAGGGAAAUUGGUCCUAGAGACAUCAAUGAAACUGAACUUGAAGAAUAUAGCAUGAGAUGUGGCAAAAAGAUUGUCAGAGAUGGAAAAUACUCCUGGAAGUGGUCUGGUUACAAUUUCGGUGUUCACUUGUAUGUCAUUUUCACCAGCCAUUACAUCAUUUUCAAACGAAAUGCUUUCGGUCAGCCAUCUGAUGGCUCCAUCUGUUUACAACAUCAAAGAAAUAUUGCAUUCAGAUUAACCUUGGUAUAUUUUGAUUCUAGUGGAAGACUGAGCUUCAGGAAAACAACUGGUUAUAAAAUCCUUACCUUUGAAAAGGAUGAGGAACAAAUGGUAAUGAAACUGGAUAGCAUAGCUUUGAGCUUCCCUUUAUAUAUAUUCUGCAAUUUCCUGUUUACAUCAUUAGAAAAUCCAGGAAAUUGAUGAUAUUGUCAAUUAGGCUAGUUUAGUGUUUUGAAAAUUUCUGAUGUCUCAUUUCAUUUAAUGGCCCUACUGUUAAACACAAUAAAGGUGGACAAUAGCAAAAGAAAAUAAUCUUUUGAAUGCAGAAAGUAUCAUAAAUUACUGUCUUCAUUUUAUUUCUAUGUAUCUGUGAAGAAAAAGUUCAAUUCCAAGAAAAUAUCUGUGAAACCAAAUAGUCAGUGAUGAAACCAAAAAGACAUCUUUUGCUUUUCAUUUACUAUCAACAGGCAUGCUCCAAAUGGAAAUAAUAGAUUAUAUUUCCAAGUAUCCAAAAAGAAAUUAACUUGCUGGAUAAAUUUUACCCUAACCAAUAUUGAGACAGAAUAAAGAAUUCUCUUCCUUGCUGAAAUGAUUGUGCAAA